AAAAGUAGAAGAAGAAGUUCACUUCACUGGUUUGGGGCAGUUGAGGAGCGCGAGGCAGACGUCGAUGUGCGGGAAGAAGUCGCGUGUUUUUCCGUGUGUUCGUCUCCAGAUUCUCCGCCGGCGAAGCCAAUCCGUUUAAAUUACACCCUCGCGGGUGUGCGCGUGGACCUCUGACGAACAGGUAGGCUCUGUGUAGCCGAGAAAGAAACGGUUUUAACGGAAGCCUGCUAGGCCUCGGCCGCUUUAAUCGCCAUGAGUUACGGUAGGCCUCCGCCAGACGUCGACGGCAUGACUUCCCUGAAAGUGGACAACUUAACGUACCGCACGUCGCCCGAGACCCUGCGGCGCGUGUUCGAGAAGUACGGGCGCGUAGGCGACGUGUACAUCCCGCGGGACCGCUACACCAAAGAGAGCCGCGGGUUCGCCUUCGUGCGGUUCCACGACAAGCGCGACGCCGAGGACGCGAUGGACGCCAUGGACGGCGCGCUGCUCGACGGGCGCGAGCUGCGGGUGCAGAUGGCGCGGUACGGCCGGCCCCCGGACUCCCACUACGGGGGCAGCGGCGGCGGCGGGGGAGGCGGCGGAGGUGGUGGUGGCGGCGGAGGAGGAGGAGGCGGAGGUGGCGGCGGCGGCGGCCGGAGAGGAGGAGGCCCCACCAGGAGAUAUGGCGGCCAUGGACGCAGAAGCAGAAGCUCUUCCCCCAGCCCGAGACACAAGAGGCGCAGCAGGUCCCGCAGCAGGAGCCGGUCCCGUUCCCGAAGCCGGUCCCGCUACAGCCGAUCCAGGUCCAGGUCCUACUCCCGAUCCAAGUCCCACUCUCCCAGGAACAAGAAGGCCAAGGCAAAGUCCCCGUCUCGUUCCAGAUCUAGAUCCAGGUCCCGGUCCAAAUCCAAGUCCAAAUCCAAGUCUAAGUCUAAGUCCAAAUCCAAGUCUAGAUCCAGAAGCCCCAGCCCUUCCUCCAAAAGAGGGUCCAGGUCGAGAUCCAAAAGCCAGCCCAAGUCGGCAGCAGAGAAUGGAGGCGAAACCCCGUAGAGCUCAGAAUCAGGUGAGUUAUGACAACAAGUUGAUUGAUUUAGUUUGUUUUUGUGAAGUCAUUAGUGCCAGGACAAGAGGCAGACUAGUAAUGACUGUAGCUGGUAAGUGGACCCCCUUUAGCAGGUACUCCAUUUACAGCCACAAACUAAAACAAUCUUGUUUUAAAUUAUGACUGUUGCUCAACAAAAGAUUUCCCCUGAGGCCGUUUCUCCUGAGAACCUGAUCUGCAACUUCCAUUCUUGAGCUCAUAGAUUAUUUUUCUGUCAUGCUCGGUGUGCAAGCUCGUCAUUUUCAUUGAAUACUAAGCAACGUGUUUAAGAACAGCCCUGUAAACCAAAUCUGGACUUCUCUCCUUCCCAAGCUGCGGCAUCCUGUUUGCUAAAGUGGAGAUUGAGAGCUGAGCUGAGGCAGUAUGAGCAGUUAGAAGGUGGUGCGCUGCCCACGGGCCGCCUGCUGCUGGCCAGUGUUUCUGAGCAGCAGGGUGGAGGCAGUCAGUUGGGGUUUGGUGUUGAGGUACGUCUGUCCUCCAGGUCUGGCAGCUGGUGCUCGAGGGGCGCUGAGGUUUGUCCAACUCUCCUCCCAUGUCCGUCGGUUCGGUUGCAUUUUCCUUUACACACAUUUUCAAUGUGACAGAUUACCAUUAAAACGCAAACAAAUGGUUUUAUAUUUAGGUGGGACUUCAGUUUUAAGCAUCGUCAACUCAAACUAAUUAGCAAUUAUUAAUCUUUAAUACAUUACACGUCAUUUAGCUGACAAUAAGUGAAUUCAACCACAAACUACAGUAAUACUUUUAGUCUGUUUUUAUUCAAGCUGUAGUCAGACGGUCUUCAAGGUCUCUGGUUAUUCCAAAGCUCACAUCUUGUCGUGAAACUAACGAUUAUUGUCUAUUAGACAGAAUCUUGAGAUGUGGAUCACAAGUGGCUUGUUUAUCUCACCAACAAUUAAAACUCAGUUUAUUAUGCAGAAGAAAAAAGAUGCCAAAUAUUUGAUUACAAUAUUUCUUGGUGACUGAGGUUUAAAGUGCUCCCAUUGAACAGUCUGCUGCCCGCGGACGCUCUGACAAAUACACAAAGUACACUCGUAGUACUAUAAUACUAAUGGUACUAUAAUACUAAUGGUACUAUAAUACUCGUACUAUAAUACUAAUGGUACUAUAAUACUAAUGGUACUAUAAUACUCGUACUAUAAUACUAAUGGUACUAUAAUACUAAUGGUACUAUAAUACUAAUGGUACUAUAAUACUAAUGGUACUAUAAUACUCGUACUAUAAUACUAAUGGUACUAUAAUACUAAUCGUACUAUAAUACUAAUGGUACUAUAAUACUAAUGGUACUAUAAUACUCAUAGUACUAUAAUACUAAUAGUGCACGAGUUGAAAAUACCUGUGGAGGAAAAUGCAGCGUGUGCAAAACAUCCUCUGAAUCCGGCUGAAGGAUGAACUCAUUGUACUGAGAGGAGACGGAUGUUUGAGGCUUUGAUAAGUGGAACUAAUUCAAAUCUAGUUUUUAUAAAUGUAAAGUCAAUCAAAAAGGAGCAUAAUAUGUGUAACUGGCUGUUUUUAAAUCCUAACUUUGUUCUGUUCCGACCGUUUUCAGGCGAAAGGGGCGGCGCUUCGAGUCCUGGCCGGGUCUACCUGAGCAACAGUGUCCUGCUGUCAAAGGUUAUUAUUGUGUCUUCCAUGCUUUGCUUUUGUUUUAUUUGGUCACUUCAUUGAUGUGGUUUUAUUUUCAUACCGUUUUUAAAAUCUGGGCCAAUGUGGAGAAUUAUUCUUGUAUUGAUGACGGUAUCACACACACGUUGCUCUUUUUGUUUUUGUUCAACGUAACCAGGAUGAAGUCGGGCUUUGUUUCAAGCCUCACAUUGAUCCUGGGUUAACUAGAGGCCGACUUCAUAAUCAUAAACAUCACAGCAUGGAUGAUUUAAUUAUACUUUUAGGGAGGUUACCUCUUUCGUUUUGGCAAAAAAAAGCAGUUUUAGUGAAAGUUAGUAUAAUAAUUACUGCAGCUGAUUUUCAUUAUCCAUUAAUCUGUUGACUUUUCUACAUUUAAUUGUCUGCUCUGUAAAGUUUUUCCUCAAAAGAUCAAACUGAUAAUAAACUGAUUUAUUUUCUUUCCGUCGUAAAUGGAUAAAAUAAUUUGGGCGUGAAGCAUUUCCCCCCCGAAGGCUCAGCGCGUCUUUAUGGUUAUUAAUGUCUGAAUGUCUCUGUGGAAAUGUAGGCUUGUUAUGUACGUUACACUUUGUGAGUUCAGCUCAAAGUUAGCCGGCUAACUCGUUAAUCUGGAGAAGACAUCAGAAGCACCGCCCGCUAAACGUAUAAUUGAUGAACAUCAGUCUGCAGAUAGUUUCAGGUCGGCUACUAGGCUCUAGACAGUGUUUUUGUUUUCUUUUACAUUUGUUGCUCCUAAUCCUGCUUGUGUGUUUGUUUUGUGCACUAGGCGCAGUUGUGUAGCAGUUGAGUAUUGCUGGUUAGCUGUUAAGGUGGCGUGUUGCUCUGCUGAGUGCUGGGAUGUUUCCAGUGUUCUCCAGAGAGCUGCUGUGAGACCAGUGGUGAGACCAGUGGUCGCUACAUGGACGACAUGUGACUCAUUAAAGAUUUGCUGUUUUGUCUAAAA